CAACCGCCGUUUUUCCUUCCGUGCUCUUGGGAUUUUCGGUGGCCGCGUCGACCACAGGCAGCAGCUAUCUGCAAUUGAAGAGCGCCACAAGAAGGACAAGGCAGCAGAAGCAUAUACUAAGCAUACUGUCAAGCAAACGAGCUCCGACAGACGCGCCAAAGAGUCCGCGCUCGUAGUCCGCUCUCUGAUUGUAGGGCCCUCCUCGAUUACGCCCAGCUCAGCUAUGGUCAAAGCCGUCUCCAAACCGCAGAUCAAGAAAGUGAAAGCUCAGCUCUUGGAACCAAAGUCGGCUAACAGGGUUAUUGCCCAGCUGCGCCAGCUCCCGUUGACGGAGGGACCUCUGGCCAAUGGCCCUGCGAAGCCAGAUAUACGCACUAAGAAUCAUGGGCCUAUUCACGCGGUUUGCUUGCCGUAUACCGACACUGAAGCGCAGGAGCGCCAUUUCUCUCGCCUUGCGAAGGACCUCACGCCGGAGCCGGACGUGCCGAGUGUGACGAAUGCUAACUUUGAGACGGUCACCUCGACGUUCAAGGACCUGCAGGUAGUGGAUCUCCUCACCAGAGGAGGUGUUGAUAUGGGGCUGGCGUCGCCGAUCGGUAGUCCUACAGAGGGCAUUCUGUCCGGUGCCCUUCCGAGCGCGGAGGCUAUGAUCAAUGGUAUCACCCAGAUCACGCCUCAGCUCAUGAACUUGGGCUUCGCGACGGGGAAGGCUAUCAUGCCAGAUCACACCGGUGUCUAUCCUCCUACUGAUAGGAUGUCUGUUAUCACAUACUGGUGGGGCCUCGAAGUAGUCCUGCCGGAACCGUCUAUGCACUACCUCAGCAACGUACCCUCUAUAUCGCACUCCGUGCUCAACUUCCUCUCCGCCCUGGCGCUGGUCAACAAUGGCGUUGCAGAGAUUCUGCCUUUCGUCCGAUACAUCUCGUCGUACAUCGACUUCGAGUGGAACUCGAUACAGAAGCAGGAUCAUGGGCAGGGCGUUGUCUGCGCCGCUACCUGGAUUAUGCCAGCUGCCAUGGUCCCUCGACCUUGGGACUUCGAGUCCCCACCUGCGGAUGAGGCGCCUGUAGCUGAAGAGACACCCGAACGGAAGUCAGGCUCGAUGCUGAAGCCUGAGGUUCCCAGUACCCCUGCGAAAGGCGACGGCUCGGCUGCCCCAGAGCCAGGGACAGGGACCCCGCCGUCGAAGAGCGAGGAACCGACGGAGAUGCCGACGCUCCCUCCGCCUCUGCCUUCGUUCAAGGUUAUACCCCCUACACUGUCGAAGAAGACCGGUGAUGCCACGGCGCCUAUUGUCACACCGCCGGAGAAGCUGGCUGAGGAGCCCGCGGUGCAGAUCAUGAGCCUCACAGCAUAG